AUAGGACCUCUUCCAGACCCAUGCUUAUAUCCUUAUAUUCGGCAGCACUUCCACACUUAUCUUUUGGGAGGGUCUUGGUUUAGCCAUUGGCACAACACAAUAAAACGGCUCUUUCUUAAGCUGCCUCUCACGGGAGAUUUCUCUGGCCCGGCCGUGCCUGUGUCUGGAAUGGAGACGCUGAUCUUCUUGACGUGGACAAGUUUUCUCGGCAUGUCAGCCGUGGGCUGUACCACGCUGCAAACCCCUCUACAUAUGCUUCCCAAGCUAUGGGAUGUCUAUCACAUUACAGGGAUCCUCAAACUGCCUUAUGCUGAAAUAGUGGAGCCUUUUGAAGCCUGGUUCAAUGAAUCUGCAGGAAGAAGUCGGAUCCAGUAUUACCAAGGCCAAGUGGUGACGUUCCAGUUUGCUUCUGAAAAGCCUUUUGGGGCCAGCUUCAAGGUGACCCCCGAGACCACCGAGAACAAGGCCAACUUCAAAGAAUGUUUUCGGGUCAACGGGACGUCCGAAAAACCCAUCGGGCCCCAAAGUGUCUUUCCCAACUUGACGGACUUCAAGGUUGUGGGGCAGGAGGACUACCAGGGCCAGCGCUGCACCGUCCUGGAGAGCGUGUCCUACUGGGGCAAGAAGAAGAACACCUACAAGUUGUGGGUCUCCAAUGGCUCCCCCGACCCCGUGCCCGUCCACUAUGAGAUGUGGGGCUACAACACCCUCCUGGGCUCCCACUACGACAAGUACGAGAUAGACUACACCCGCAUCUCCCGCUCCUUCCCGCCCGGAGUCUUCAAUCUCCCACACGGUGUGCAGUGUUCGCAUUGGCCGGAGGGAGGUCCAGAGCACGGAGUCCUGGCCAACCCCAUGCAGGAAUUCGUCGGGACCACCGGUGACACCGGAAGAGUCCACGAUCGCUUGUUCCAUCAUUACAAGGAGAAGUUCCAAAAGACCUAUCAGACCGAGGAGGAGGAGGCCCACCGGAAGCGCAACUUCAUCCACAACGUAAGAUACGUCCACUCCAAGAACCGGGCCAACCUCUCCUACAAGCUGGCGGUCAACCAUUUGGCCGACCAAACCACGGAAGAGAUAGCCGCGAGGAGGGGGAGGCUGAAGAACGGGCCACCCAAGAACGGGCUGCCCUUCCCGGCACGUCAAUAUGAGGAGCUCACGUUGCCAGACAGCCUGGACUGGAGGCUCUAUGGUGCCGUGACCCCCGUCAAGGACCAGGCCGUGUGUGGGUCCUGCUGGAGCUUCGCCACGACCGGGACCCUGGAAGGAGCGCUUUUUCUCAAGACUGGAGUGCUCACUCCACUCUCUCAGCAAGCCUUGAUCGACUGCUCCUGGGGCUUCGGGAACCACGCGUGCGAUGGGGGUGAGGAGUGGCUUGCCUACGAAUGGAUUAUGAAGCACGGCGGACUUCCCAGCACUGAGUCUUAUGGGCCGUACCUUGGGCAGAAUGGCUAUUGUCACUACAACCAAACCGAGCUGUUGGCGAGAGUCUCUGGUUUCGUCAUGGUGCCUUCCGGAAACGCCACGGCUCUGCGGGCCGCUCUCUACAAACAUGGCCCGGUGGCCGUGAACAUCGACGCCUCCCACAAGUCCUUUGCGUUCUACUCCAGCGGCAUCUACUACGAACCAAGUUGCGGGAACAGGAGCACGGAAUUGGACCACGCGGUGCUGGCCGUUGGGUACGGGACCCUCCUGGGAGAGGACUACUGGCUCAUCAAGAACUCGUGGUCGACUUACUGGGGCAACGACGGCUAUGUUCUCUUGUCCACGGAGGAGAACAACUGUGGGGUCACAACCACUGCCUCUUUCCCAGUGCUGGUGUGAUGCCAAAGGCAGGCGGAUAUGUCAAACUGAAGGGACCAUAAGCCAGAAAAUAGUAGACUUUUGCAUAUGUGGCUUUGCCUCUGCAUAUAUCAUAUUAGCCUUUCAUAUAGACAAUGUAAGAUUUUUGUAUGAAUCAAAGUAGUAUGUGUAAACACAGGGCCUGUGCCCCUCCCUUCUUGUGGGCUGGUGCUUUUCUCCAGAAAGUUCUAAGGAGAGAAUUUAGCAUGGAGUAAAUAAGUGAGGUCACAGAUGCAACUUGUGCCAAAAAUAGGUGUGGAAGGUGAGGAAGACCCUCAGCAAUUGGUCAAUUUUAGAUAAGCCAAGGUAUAUAUUCUUUGUUAACUGCGACAUGCAGUUAACAAAGGAAGGAAGGAAGGAAGGAUAAUAAACCACAUGCAUUUCAUAUUUCUGUGCUCAGAAUAAAUUAUAAGCUACAUACAAA